GGCCAAUGACAACGGGCAAGAUGGCGGCAUCCAUAACGAGGACGUUUGGGGUUCUUCGUAACGCUUCAUGCAGCAGUUUAAAGAAUUCAGAGUUGGUUCUGGAUAUACGGCAUCCUGGCCCGCUUUUCUUGCCCGUUCGGACCAAGAAGAGGUACUUUAUCCCCCCCGCAGUGGGUUUGAAGGGGAAGAAGGAGGAAAACCCAGAGGUGAAGGCCCGGGCAGCGGGGAUCGUCUUCAGACAGCAGUACUUUGAGAGACCCAUCAACAUCGCCUGCUCAGCGGGGGUGUUUGACCCAUACGUCCCUCCAGAAGGAGACGCCCGUCUCUCCUCUCUGUCCAAAGAAGGCCUGAAACAGCGAACGGAACAGCUACGACAGAGCGCCGCCUCGCAGCUGGCGAUUCGUAAAAUCAAAGAGCACGACUCGCAGUUCAGCACCAAGACGUUCGCAGAGCAAGCUCAAGAGAUCUUCAUAGAGGCUCACGACGCCCUGACACACUUCAAUAAGGAGAGGCUUCAUUCUCUGGUCACAGAAAGAUGUUACCCUGAAAUGACGAGAGGAAACCGCUACAAGACGAUCCGCUGGAAGUUCGUGGAGUCUCUGGAACCGCCCAGGGUGGUGCACGCCCGCUGCCCUGACAUGGUCACUAAAGGGAACCUGUACGGGCAGGUGACGGUCCGCAUGCACUCCAAGCAGACUUUAGCCAUCUAUGACCGCUUCGGGAGGCUGAUGCUGGGCAGCGAGGAGCAGCCGAAGGACGUCCUGGAGUACCUGGUCAUUGAGCGGCACCUGAUCAACCCCUACAGCAGGUGGAGGCUCCAUGGGAAAAUCGUUCCCUCGUGGGCUCCGCCCAAAGACCCAGUUAUUAAGACGGUCGCCAUUCCUGGUCCAGAGCUGAAGCCGUGGGAAGAGUUUGAUCCCCUCAGCUAUGAAGUUCCCAAACCAGCAGCCGUACAGUGGAAUAAGUAGGUCAGCAGGGGGCGCCAGUCUCUGAGUUAAACAUUUAGGAGGACGUGUUGAUCAGUAAGUGGAAGA